AAUCUACCAACAAAGAGAAGGGGGUCCGAGACUGUUUUAGCUGAACUGAAAUGCGUUUUUAAUCAAAUAGUCGUUUUGGAUUUUAAAACCGCGUGUUUUUUUUCAUGCAGAGCUAGUAAACUUUCUUAGGGGCGGGUUUACAUUUUACCCCAGUCUAUUCGCGUCAAGCAGGCGUCACCACCGCAUUUCGGGGGAGUUGGUGCGCUCCUUACCUCAAACUCAACUGGAUGGAAAUCCGUGGACACCAAAAGUCCCGAGUUAUUUCUGGAGCUUUGUACUGGGCUGAAGGAGGAUAAGAAAGCGGGGGGUUACUUUUCACCAAUUGUCCUGAUAAUUGUUGUACAUAGAGAAAUAAGGAAAAUCCUGCUGUUAUUUUCGCUGGAUGGAACUCAGUAAAAAGGUUACUCUCUGUGUCUGGGUAAAUCCUGCUUCUUGCGCUUCAACCAUCCAGAAGAGGCCAGCCGUAUGAACAGCAUGCUGCCUCUGAAGAGCCCAGUCUCACCCCUGGGCUAUAGCACAGACUAUCUGAAGUUUAGUAGUGACUACAGACAUGGGGAGGUGGGAGGGGCCAGCAGCGCCAGAGGGAUGCGCUCAGCUUCAGAGCUCCGUGAUUUGAUGGACACCUUACAACGCAAGAAGAUCGCCCUGGAGACAAGCCUGAGAGCCAAUGGGGACGCUACCCCCUCCUACUUCAGUAUGACACAGUCUCCACCCACCACGCCUGUGACCUCACCCACCUCCAUGUGGUCAGCCUAUCAGGAACAGGCUAGGCGUUUCUACGGCUCUGAUCGUCCUCCUCUCUCUGGCAAAGCUGCCGCCCCUCGCUCCCCCUCUCGGCGCUCCGACCCCCCUUCCUCCCGAACCUCCAUGACCCGGAAACAAUCCUACCAGUCACAGGACAGCCUGCUUAUCUCCCCUGGCAAUGGGCGACGCCCACUAAACCCAAACUCCUCCUCCCUGUUGUCGAUGCGGAAUGGGGGAGGUUCCUCUAACUCAGUGGCCGGUGGUGAUAGCCUCUCCUCUCCUCCACCCUCAUCGCUCUUUCCACCUAGUGGAGCAGCCAGCAUGCCCUCCAGCCCCCGCCUGGGACUCCGAAGCCACGGCAACCACGAGCCAGUGCCUAGCAACCGAACCAGGAAGUACUCUGCAGGGUCUAUAGGCGGCAUGAUGGAAAGUCACAGCCACUCACUGCCCCGCCUCUGCCCCUCAUCGUCACCUCGUUCUCAUGACAACAGAGCCCUGGCCCUGUUUUCCCUCCCCCUGACCUCUAAUCCUCUACGCAACUCCUCUCACAACAACAGACAAAACCACACCACAAACAACAACUACGACCAUAACCAAAUCACUAACUUCAACUACAGCCAGGCCCAAAACAUGAACCGGAACCAAGGAGAGGGGGUGGAAUCCAUCUCGCUCUCCAUCCCUGAGUCUCCCACCCAGGCCCCUCCAGACGUGACCACACCGUCCCUAUCAGGGGGCUCUUCCAGCCCCCGUGUGGCCAAGAAACUCAGCCUCACCUCCACCAGCUCCACCUCCAGCCUUCAGGAGCCAAAGAGGCCAGCCAGCCGAGGAGCCACCCCAGGACCAGAGCUCUUUCUGGGGGAGAGGGGGAGAGAGCACAGGGGGGGAAGCCUGGAGCCUGGGCUAGGAUUAGAGGAACGAAGGCAGUCAUUUGGAAAGGGAGGGGUGGGGCUGGGGGCGGGGUUGACCCCACCAGGGGGGUUCAGGGUGAGGAGUGGCAGCAUCAGCUCCCUGAGUGGGAAAGAAGAACUGAUUGACUACCACCAUCGCCAGAGAGACGAGAGACUGCGAGAACAGGAAGUGGAGAGACUGGAACUCCAACGGCUGGAGACCAUCCUGUCUUUGUGUUCAGAGCUGGGGCGAUCGGAGCAGGACAGGGAGAAGGGUGUUGGUUCUAGUCCAGGUACCGGUGCCGGUCUAGCCGACAUCCAAAAGAUCAACCGGGAACUAGAGAAGCUCCAGGUCUCUGACGACAAAGAGCCAGUAUCAGUCUUCUUCGACUUAACCGUUAACGGAAAUUUUACCGGCUCGGAAAACGAUUAUUAUGGUAACGACAAGGAGCGCCAGGUCAGACAGCGAUGGAGCAGCGAUCACCGUGACAACAGGGCGGAAUCGCCCGUCGUCACUCUACAAAGCUCUGCCUCCUCGCCCACCCCGCAUCUACCGAGGACCAAUCAGGCGCUGGCAGAGGAGGGACGGCGGAGGAAGGAAGUGACCCGUGUGGAGGAGGAGAGGAUCCAGGUGCUCAACAACAUGGACAAGCUGGAACAGAAGAUCAAAGAACUGGAUAACCAGAUGGACGAAUCACUCAGAGAAGUGGAGGUGGAGGGUGCCCUGGUACAGGCGGAGCAGGAGGCGGAGCUAGCAGCUCUGCAGCAGGAGAGAGAUGCUGUGGAGACACUCGACACCAAGAUGGCCGACAUGGAACAACAGGCACAGGACCAGAAGACUCAGGACUCUGAGGUGCUGGAGGCUGAGACAAAGUGUUUUAAGGACCUGGGUUUUCAGCAGAUGGAGAGAGGGAGUCAUCAUGAUGAGGAGAAGGAGACAAACACACAACACCUUCUCAGAGAGAUCACUGACUACCAACUCAGCACUGUCACACGCAAGGGGAGGCUGGUGACCCUGAAGAAGCAGGCGGACCUGAUUACCCAGCAGGCUCAGCGAGAGAAGGAUAGCUUUCUGAAGGAGAGGACCAACCUGCAGAUGAUGCUGCAGAGGGAGAAAGAGAACCAUGCAUCUCUGGAGAGGAAGUAUGCUGACCUCACAGGUGGGCGGCACUUCCCUCUCAGUCCUAUCAGUCUCAAGGAGGGCUAUGUCACAGUCAGUGAGAUCAAUGAACUUUACUCUCAGCAGGGGGGGAACCCUAGUCCCACCCCUGUUCUGGCCAAUCCCUCUCCUGAUCCUGAGCAUAUCCCCUCCCUUGAUGACAUCACCCAAAAACCAGAGGAUGAUGAGCACUUCCGUUCGCUGGAGGAGAGGAAGAGGUUAGUGAAAGAAGGCGGGGCCCACCUGAGUGACACGUUACCCAGGAAGAAGACCACUGUCACCCCUCAGUUCAGCUGUGUUACACUGGGACACAGCAUGUUUAACAAGUCCCAGCAGCCCCCGGUGCAGAGUUGUAGCUGUGUCAGUAUUCUACCAAGGGCCAUGUCUGUCUCCAGCAACACAGAUACACGCCGUCUGCACAAGGGUCAGGCCACCCGGUCCAACCUGUACCUGGACAGUGACAACGGCCAGGCCUACGACACCAUGAGCAUGGACAGCUUGGACUCCAUGGACACCAGCAUCUCUGUCUGCUCACCUGACAAUGUCUCCUGUGCCAGCACGUCUCAUGUGACCAGACUGGAGGAGAUGGAGCAUCUACUGAGACAGGCCCAGGAAGAGAAGAACCGCCUCAUAGAACACAAGGAGCAAGAGAUGGAGUCGCGCAAACAGGCUCUGGAGGAGGAGAGGAGGAGGGAGCAUCUGGAGAAACGACUGCAGGAAGAGACCAACAGACGACAGAAACUCAUUGAUAGGGAGGUGAAACUACGGGAGAAACAGAGAGCACAGUCCCGUCCUCUGACGCGCUACCUGCCGGUGCGUAAGGAUGAUUUUGACCUGAGGGCCCAUAUAGAGUCAGCUGGCCACAGCGCUGACACGUGUUUCCACCUGUCGCUCACGGAGAAGAUUUGUCGAGGAUUCCUGGUCAAGAUGGGGAGAAAAAUCAAGACCUGGAAGAAACGCUGGUUCGUCUUCGACCGCAACCGACGAACACUCUCCUAUUUCUCAGACAAGCACGAGGCCAAGCUGAAAGGUGUAAUCUAUUUUCAAGCCAUAGAAGAAGUUUACUACGACCACUUAAAGAAGGCACACAAGAGUCCUAACCCGUGUCUGACGUUCAGUGUGAAGACUCAUGAUAGGAUCUACUACAUGCUGGCCCCCUCUCCUGAGGCCAUGAGGAUCUGGAUAGAUGUUAUCGUCACUGGGGCCGAGGGAUACACUCAGUUCAUGGUGUAGAAAUGGGUUUCUCAAACUCGGUCCUCGGGACAGCAAAGGAUGCACGUUUUGUUUUUUGCCCUCGUACUACACAGCUGAUUCAAAUAAUAAACAAAUCAUUAAGCUUUGAAUCAGCUGUGUAGUGUUAGGGCAAAAAACAAAACGUGCAUCCUUUGCUGUCCCGAGGACCGAGUUUGAGAAACGCUGGUGUGAUGUAGCCAGGGCGGAGGGACACACUCAGUUAAUGGUGUAGAAGGUGUGAUGCGGCCAGGGGACACACUCAGUUUUUCCCAAUUGCUAAAACAAUUUUUCAAACUAGGCUGGUUUUAUCAGAAUACUUAACACAAAACCACACACCCAAACUGCAAAAUACCUCAUAUAUCCUGCAAAAUGAAGCACUGCAACCAAAACUACAUAUCAAAAUCAAACGUUUGCACGAAAUGGCACACACUUCAUUCAUAUUACCAGAUUUUUGUCUAACCAACUACACACUGUUGGGCAUAAUGAAAAGCACUCAUCUUUAGUAUGCUUUGCCAUAAUACUAAAAUAGUUCAAAUUGUAGAAAAUUCUUCAGAUGCGCAGAAAUAUUUGCAGAUACACACACAUGCUGUUGAAACAUUUUAUUUUUCACCAAACAAGUCAGUGCAACAUAUGCACAGCAGAUAUAUUUACAUUGGACUGAACAAAAAUAUGCUCCCAAAAAAACAGUAAACUGAAAAAAAUAUAUAGAAGAUAAAGAGACAAGAAAAAUAAUUAGGCAGCAUCUUGCCGCACAGCUGGGUCUGGCCACAUCGCCUCGUCCACAUCACAGGCAAUAUCUUCCCUUGCCAGACAUCGAGUGAAGAAGCGCAUUGAGUGCCUUAUCCAUCCCUGAAUCGCAUCCACAUCAAUCUCAUCACAUGCCUCUUCCAUAGCCUGCACAAGAGGCAUGCGCACAAAGGGCUGCCGGUCGUAUACCUUCCACCGCCAUGCCGAAAAUAAGUCUUCUAUGGGGUUCAGAAAUGGUGAGUAUGGUGGGAGGUAUUGCACGAGAAAUGGUGGGUGGUCAGAAAACCAGUUUUGGACUGGGGCUGCACGAUGAAAGCUCACGUUGUCCCAUACUACAACGUACCGGGUUCUUUGAUGGUCUGCAUCAUUCAUACGCUCUGGUGGUAUGAGAAUGUUGUGGAGUCUGUCCAGAAAUGGGAGAAUAUGGGCUGUGUUGUAUGGUCCAAGGUUGUCAUGACGGUGGAGGACACCAUGCGUAUUGGAGAUGGCAGCGCACAUUGUGAUGUUCCCACCACGUUGGCUAGGAACAUCUAGAAUGGCUCUGUGGCCAAUGACGUUUCUCCCCCUUCUUCUGGUCUUUGCUCGGUUGAACCCAGCCUCAUCUAUAAAGAUGAAUUCGUGGGAUUGCAUGAGCAUCCAUUUCCAGUACUCCCUGAAAACAAAGAACAAAAGCAGUCAAUAUGGUGUUAUCCAGUACACUGGGAAACAAUGUUGCGUGUAGUGUACUGCAGUCAAUAUUGUACUUACAUCCACAUAUGCUCGUCUGACCUCUUUGUUUCUUUGAGAGUUUCUCUCAAACGGCACCUUAUAAAGUUGUUUCAUUCGGAUUUGGUUUCGUUUGAGAACGCGAGCCAAUGUGGACAGACUGACUCGUUGAAUGUUGUGUUGUCUUGGGUGAUGUGGCUUUGAAUUUCUCGUAAUCUGAUUUCCUUAUUUUCCAAAACCAAGUUUACAAUGGCAGCUUCCUGUACCCCGGUGAACAUUUGGCCCCUUCCUCCACCAUGGUUGCGUCUCUCAGUCCUUUAGAAAAACAAAAAAAAAUAUAUAGGGCUUGGACAAUGCAGCCUAAAGAUAUUUCCCCCACAGUAGAGUCAAUUCUAUAGGAAAUUUGUGCAGUUAGUGUAUGACAUCAGCCAUUCAUGAAGUAAACAGGUGUCACCCAACUGAUACACUAUGACAUGGGGUGUACUACAUAGUGUGAAAGACAUUUUGGUUCCAUACCUGUACUCCAGUCUAAAUGUCCGGAUGACACAGGCGACAGUAAAACGGCUGAAGUUGAGCUGCAGUCUCUGUCCAGCCUCUCGCAUUGUCAGCCCAUGGUUGAUGACAUGAUCAACUAAGGUUGCUCUGAUUUCAUUUGAAAGUUGUCUUCUUUGGCCAUGAACUCCUCUACCAGCUCUAACCCUACCUCUCACUCUUCCUCCCCCUCUCAUUCUCACCCUCCCUCUUCCUCUUCCUCUCUCUGCAACGGCUUCCAUUGUUGUUGUAAAACAAAAGGUGCUCACCUGUGGUCUUUUCAUAGUGCUUACUUCCUGAUUGAAGUGGUAACAAUUUAACCAUUGAGGUGUUUGGCCAGGUGGCACAUGUAUUGGCCAAUUAGCUCAUGUAGUGUCAUUUUGAAUGGCAGUGUUUUGAAAUAGCAAACAUGUGACUUUGUCAGAUUGUGUCUUAUGCAGAGAACCGUGUGCAGUACAUUUAAAAAGUGCCAUUUUGAAUUGCAAAAUGUGUGUAAAGCAGAAAAUGUGUUUAGACUUUUGGAGACUUGAGAAGAGGUUUUGCUCUCUGUGUGUCAGUUUAAAUUGUGCUGUGCAUGUCAUUUUAGUGUGUUAGCAAUUGGAAAAAACGAAUGGUGUAGAAGGUGUGAUGCGGCCAGGGCGGAGGGACACACUCAGUUAAUGGUGUAGAAGGUGUGAUGCUGCCAGGGCGGAGGGACACACUCAGUUAAUGGUGUAGAAGGUGUGAUGCGGCCAGGGCGGAGGGACACACUCAGUUAAUGGUGUAGAAGGUGUGAUGCGGCCAGGGUGGAGGGACACACUCAGUUAAUGGUGUAGAAGGUGUGAUGCGGCCAGGGCGGAGGGACACACUCAGUUAAUGGUGUAGAAGGUGUGAUGCUGCCAGGGCGGAGGGACACAUCCAGUUGAAGCUGUAAAGAGUGGCGCUUCGGCCAGAGUGGAAGGAUACGACCAGCGUGCGGUUCCGGCGCCAGGACUAGAUCCUCUCUUUUCUCUGUGACUCAAAUGGACGGUUGUUCUUAUUUCUGUAUUUUAUUAUUUUUUUAAACUUUUUUCUAAGGAAGAAUUCUCCAACAGCUGCAUUAAUUCUCACCGGUAACUCUACUGGGAUUGGCCAGUGUUUUUACGCAUCAUUAUGUUGACAAAGUGAUUGGUUGUUGAUUAACUAGUAAUGUACAUAGCAACCACAGGAGGUUGGUGACAUUAUGAGCCGUCCUCACCUCAGCAGUCUUCGCCGAUAGCAACAUGAUGUGCUGUAGUAAACAAGCAAAACAACAGUCAUUAAACUUCCUGGUUGCAUAGGGUUCAAGUUACUGAUGUUUACUCAGCCUUUAUGUCCUUUGUUGUGUCCUCCAGUGUAGCCAGAGGUCAAAUCAUCUCUGCAUGCGAGUAUCUGGGGUCUGGCUAGCCAGGGGUUGAUGCGGUAUUGGGCGUUAAUGUGCUUUUUAACCAUUCAAAAAAAUAUAUAUACACAUUUGAAUGAUAUCAUUGUUUGAUUUUAUCAUCAUAUUGUAUUUAUAUGCUAUCAAUAUGCUAUUGAUUAUCAAUCCAUGUAUCUUUAUUUUUGCAUACAGAAAAAUAAAGCAAGAACAUAUUGUGCCUUGAAAAA